UAGUAGCCGGCUCUCCGACACGUGGUACCGCUCGGGAAACUAAACUUCAGAUAACUAUUAAUCUGCCAUUAAAUCAUCUGCAGCUCAAAAUUUGUUAACUUUCUCAGGAUCUGGGUGAAAGUUCGGCUACCAAAAAUAUCUUCAGUGCUCAGCCGGGAGGAAAUGAACCGAUAGAUUUUGGAGACAGCCGCAAAAACAUUGGAGGCUCGCCUCUUUUUAAAACUUUUUCUCUUUUUAAGCAUAUAUAUUUAUGUAAAACAGAGUGGAGAGGGAGCUUCUGCUGCUGAAUACAUAUCGUGUUAGGUCUGACUGUCGUGUACGUUAGACUUUCCUAAAGCGCUGAAUGUUCCUCAAUGAAAAAAAGGGCGAAUUCAGGUUCUUUCACUUUUGUUGAGGGUGGGUUAACAAAACCACAGCAGCUGGGUGCUAAGUUUAUUCCCGAUGAGUAUUACUGAGGAGACCUAGAGGAACAUGAGUGAGAAGCAAGCGCUAGAAGACACUAAACCAAACGAGGAUCAGAGUGUGUGGAAGGCGGACUCUGACAACCAUGUCAAGCUGGAGGGGGGCGACGCCGCGAAGCCCGGCGACGACUCAAGUGAAGGGAAUGGCAGCGAAGGGCUGCAAGCUACCCGCCUUUACCACCGACGAUGGGUGAUCGUCUUCCUGUUCAGCUUAUAUUCGCUGAGCAACUCUUACCAAUGGAUACAGUACGGCAUUAUCAGCAACAUUUUCACCAAGUUCUACAGCGUCGAUGCUUUCACCAUAGACUGGAUGUCUAUGAUCUACAUGCUCACAUACAUUCCCUUCAUCUUCCCGGUAACCUGGCUGCUGGACAAAAAAGGGCUCCGGGUCAUCGCCCUCAUCGCCACGGCGCUCAACUGCGCGGGGACGUGGAUCAAAGUGGCCAGCGUCAGACCCAACCUGUUCUCCGUGACAUUCCUGGGACAGUUUUGCUGCUCUUUCGCGCAGGUCUUCAUCCUCGGGAUGCCAUCUAGAAUCGCGUCGGUGUGGUUUGGUUCAGAGGAAGUGUCCACUGCAUGCUCCAUCGGAGUCUUCGGGAAUCAGCUAGGUAUUGCCAUCGGGUUCCUUGUGCCUCCUAUCCUGGUGCCUAAUGUGGACGACAUGGAAGAGCUGGCUCACCACAUCCGAAUCAUGUUCUACAUAACGGCAGGAGUGGCUACUUUACUCUUCGUCCUUGUUGUCUUAGUUUUCCAGGAGCGUCCUAAAAUUCCACCAACUCAGGCCCAGGCCACAGCUCGCAGCAUUCCACCAGAGCAGUACUCCUACAUAGCCUCCAUCCGAAGCCUGCUGCGCAACAAGCCCUUCAUGCUCCUCGUCAUCACCUAUGGUCUGAACGUUGGUUGUUUUUAUGCUGUCGGGACCCUGCUGAACCGCAUGAUCAUCGUGCAUUACCCUGGAGAAGAAGUGAACGCCGGGAGGAUUGGCCUCACCAUCGUCAUCGCGGGGAUGGUCGGCUCCCUCAUCUGCGGCAUUUGGUUGGACAGAACGAAAACGUACAAGCAGACGACCGUUGCAGUCUACCUCUUGUCUCUGGUGGGGAUGAUCGUUUAUGCUGCUACACUCAGCCUGGGACACCUCUGGGUGGUUUUCAUCACCGCUGGAGUACUUGGGUUUUUCAUGACGGGCUACCUGCCACUGGGCUUUGAAUUUGCAGUCGAACUGACAUACCCGGAGUCAGAGGGAACGUCUUCUGGCCUCCUCAACUGCUCAGCACAGGUGUUCGGAAUUAUAUUCACCAUUUGCCAAGGGAAGAUCAUUGACGAUUACGGCACGCUGGCAGGAAACAUCUUCUUGUGCGUCUUUCUUCUGAUAGGGACAAUAAUGACAGCUUUAAUAAAGUCUGAUCUCAGGAGGCAAAAUGCUAACCUGCAGGCCAAAGCAGCCGCGGAGAGGCACAAGUCAGGACAAGACUACGGAGCCACAUCGCUAAUCUCCAAGCAGCAGACUUCUUCUCAAGCCUGAUCAAUAAAACUUUUCUGCUUCCACAAAAAAAAUAAAAACUAAAAAAAAAUCUCAAAUCUUAGCUCAUCAUAAAGGUGCACAAAGGAUUCUUCCGACUGGCACAAUGGAAGCCUGAAUGCACCUUCUGUUGUCAUCGAAGCCAAGCUUUAGACACAAACACACUAACAAGCCUUGUGAUCUCAUCCUUGUUAUAGUGCAAAGGAAGCCUUUAGAUCAACUUGACGGCUAAGAAAAGCUCUUUGAUCUGUAUAAUUACAUGAAUGAAAAUAAUGUCACUAAUCAGAAAUAUUUUUGUAAUAUUUAAAUAUAAAUGUUAUGAGUGAAUCUGCGAGACAAAUCUGAGAAACUUUUGUGCCUCAACAGUUUUAUUGGUAUAGUGCACUGCUGAUUAUGUAUACAAUGAAAAAUCUUUUUUUUCACUGUAUGCAAUAUGUAAAUACAGUGUAGGAUUUCUAGAAAUUUUAGGGAGAGAUUUUUUUUAUGAAAUUAGGGAACUAUUUAUUUAGAAUUCAGGGAAAGAUUUAGAAAGGAUCUCUAAUCCAUAGCUUCUACUUUUAGGGAAGAACAGGAAAAAUAUGAUGAAUUAAGGUUGUGUUGUAUUUUUGUAACAAUCUUGUUUUACUUUAACAUAAAAUA